AUGGCCAGCAAGACGCGGCCAUCGUCCAAGUCGCGAGGGACGAAGGUCAAGCCGAUACUGCGGAAACUGACGCAGAGCGAGCGCGGCCCGUUGGAUCUGGACCGCCCAGCGUCGGAGCAGGGCCGCGGCUUGGGGAUAUGUAGCAGUGGGAGUGGAGGAGGAUGUGGAAACGGAGGCGGUGAUGGAGAUGGAUACGGGUACGGGUACGGGUAUGGAUAUGGAUAUGGAUAUGGAUAUGAAUAUGAGUGCGAAUAUGGCUUCAGCUUCGGCGUCGGCGUCGGGGCGGCAGCAGGAGCGACGGGACGGUCCUCCUACGACACGCAGAUCCGACGAGGCUACGGCCACGGCCAUGGGCGUAGCCAUAGCCAUAGCUAUCACCACCGCUCUACCAGUGGAGCCUCGCAGUUCUCGACGACAACAACAGCAAGCGGACACCGCGCCGGUUCCUUUGUACAUCCUUUCCAGCAAACUCCCCGACCAUACACGCCUCCGCUGCGCACCGCGGCCUCGUACCAGCACUCUCUGCGCGAGAGCGACCUCAACUACGACCACAGUCCGGCGCUGACUGAAGAUGAAGGCCAAUUGCGCUCUGCCAGCCAGACCAACAUUCACCAUCCCCAUCCGCAUCCUUACGCUCACUCCCAGCCGCAUGCCAAUUCCAGUCACAACCUUCACCACCUCCGCUCACCUUCCAACUUCUCAACCCACACGUCCUCGGCAUCGAUAAGUCUCUCGUCGUCCUCCCCCGCCCUUCACCAGCAGCACCCCCUCCGGGCUACAACCACCAAGCAGGCCUCGUUAUCCCGGCUCGCGCUCGCAACCUCCCACACAUCUCUCCACCUGAACUCGAGCCUCGCCUCGGACAUCCCCUCGCCCUCCGACACCAUGUCCCCCGCCUACGCUCUGCGCUCCUCGCUGGACGGCUUCCGCAUCCGCUCGCGCUCCGACGCGGCGCAUCCCCCCGGCCGUAGCCAGACCAUCUACGAGGCGCGGCGCAAGUUCCUCGAGAAGGAGCAGGCCGAAGACGAGAAAGCCGCGCGCGAUGAGGUCCGCCGGCUCGAGAAGCGCAACCAGAAGGAGGCACAGAAGAUCGACCGCGGCCAUCGCCGCUCGUGCGCGUCCUCAGACCGUACCCGAUCGAAGCGCUCCAAGUCGGAUCUGACGAUGCAGGAGAAGAUGGAGGUCUUCGUCGGCCGCGAGUACAGCUCUGCGGCGCAACAGCCGACGCCCAGCCUGAUGCCGGGAGCGGAGAGCUACCAGCAGCGGAGAUCGGGAACGGCGAAGCUGAAGACGCAUUCGGCCUGGACCAAGUUCGUGAUGUGGAUUCGAACACGCUUCAUCCGCUCGAGCAAAGAUUGA